ACCCCCAGACGGCUCAUUUCCCUAGCUCCCACCCCACUACUCAGACGUCUGGCAAGUGACCUGCUCCGAUCGAGCUAUGGGUUGGGUGCUGGGGGGGGUCCUGCUCACCUGGAUGUUGAUGGCUUGGGUGCAAGGGGUUGAACAGCCCCAGGAGCUGCCCUCCUCUUCCCAGUUUCCAGACUGCAAGAGGGUCCUGAAGCUCCCAAGUCUGGAAGUUCUUCCGGGGGGGGGCUGGGAUAACCUCAGGAACUUGGAUAUGGGCAGAGUCAUCAACCUGGGCUAUUCACUGUGCAAGACCACAGAGGACGGAUCUUACAUCAUCCCAGAUGAGAUCUUCACUAUUCCUCGCAAGCAGAGCAACCUGGAUAUCAACUCCGAGAUCAUUGAGUCUUGGAAAGAUUAUCAAAGCAUCACCUCCACCUCCAUCAACCUGGAGCUGUCCCUCUUCUCUGCCAUUAACGGCAAGUUCUCCUAUGACUUCCACCGGAUCAAGACCCACCAAGUGAACGACCGUGCUGUCACUACCCGAGUGCAGGUCAGGAAUUUGGUUUACACUGCCAAGAUCGACCCCGGGGCAGUCCUGGACAAGGGCUUCAAGACGCAGCUGCUGACGAUCGCCAGCCACCUGGAGAACAACCAGACGCGGAUGGCUGAUUUUCUGGCCGAGGUGCUGGUGCUUAACUAUGGCACCCAUACCAUCACCUCUGUGGACGCCGGAGCCAGCUUGGUGCAGGAGGAUCAGAUCAAGGCAACCUUCCUGAAGGACAGCUGGGCCACACGCAGUGCUGUCACUGCCUCAGCCGGUGUGGCCUUCCACAGCAUCAUAGGUGUCAAAACUAGUGAAUCCCUGGACAUCAGCUCUAGCUUCGUCAAGCAGUAUCUGGAGAACCGCACAAACUCGAGGGUUGAGAGCAUUGGUGGGACCCCUUUUUAUCCAGGCAUCACCCUCAAGACUUGGCAGGAGGGGAUCAGAAACCAGCUAGUGGCUCUUGACCGCUCAGGGCUGCCCUUGUACUUCUUCAUCAACCCCAGGACCCUGCCAGAGCUGCCCACUCCCACAGUGAAGAAGCUGGCCAGGCGAGUGGAGAUGGCUAUCCGCCGCUACUAUACCUUCAACACCUACCCAGGCUGCACUGACGUCACCUCACCCAACUUCAACUUCCAUGCCAAUGCUGAUGACGGCUCCUGUGAGGGUGCCAUGACCAACUUCACCUUCGGGGGAGUCUUCCAGGAGUGUGUCAGUCUGGCUGGCCCUGACAGCAGCGUGCUGUGCCGGGCGCUGGAGCAAAGGAACCCCCUCACUGGGGCUUUCUCCUGCCCCACCAACUAUACUCCAGUGCUGCUGGGGAUGCAGGAGCGGGAGGAAGGCCACAGUCACCUGGAGUGCCAUGACAAAUGCAUCCUGGGCAUCUUCUGCCACCGUGAGUGCCGGGAUGUCUUCUGGCUUUCUCGGGUGCAAUUCAGUGCCUACUGGUGCACUGCUAGUGGGCCACUGGCCCCAGGCUCGGGAUACCUCUUCGGGGGGCUGUUCAGCACCCAUAGCACCAAUCCCAUCACUGGUGCCCAGUCCUGCCCCUCAGGGUACUUCCCACUGAAGCUUUUUGAUGAGCUCAGGGUGUGUGUGAGCCAGGAUUACGAGGGAGGUGGUCAGUAUGCAGUGCCCUUUGGGGGCUUCUUCAGCUGCCAGGCAGGGAAUCCCUUGGCGGGGCAACACCAGGGCACCACCGGGGACCCCCAUGCCAGGAGCUGCCCCCCAGGCUUCAGCCAGCACUUGGCGCUCAUCAGCGAUAGCUGCCAGGUGGAAUUCUGUGUCCAGGCUGGCAUCUUCACAGGUGGCUCGCUACCACCUGCCCGCCUGCCACCCUUCACCUGGCCUCCCACCAACCUGCCAGCCAUCAAUACCGUGCUGGUCACCAGCGAGGACAGUGCCUGGGUUCGGGACGGUCAGAGCCAUGCCUGGCGGCUGGCUCAGCCACAGGAGAUCCAGCAUGCGGCAGAGAUGGUGAGGGGCCAGGGGCUGACUGGAGGCAAGGUGGCUGGUGUGACCGCAGCAGUCCUGGCGGGGCUGGCCACCAUCCUGGUGACUGUCUGCUACAGCCGACGGAGGUACAAGGCAAGGGGAUACCGCACAAUGGGUGAAGGGGACAGCCUGGCUGCUGCAGGCCCCAAGAACAGCACUGUGCUGUGUGUGGGCGAGGGGUACCAGCAAGAGCCAGAAGAGCUGAUGGUGUGAGCACCCUCUGCUGCAGCUGCCAGGCAAUGCCUUGUGCCCCAUACUCAGGCAAAGCCUCUGCCCACUCCCUUUUCUGAGGCAAAGCUGCGCAGUGCCACCAGGCCCCUUACUCCUUGCACCCUGGAACCAAGCGUCCCCAUCCCCACAGAAGCCCCAGACUCACCUCUCCAUGCUCUUGCCCUCUGCUGGAUCCACAAGCUCCAGCCUAAAGCACCUGGGUGGCUCCACAGACCUGCAAACAUCCCCCCCCCCGGCUGACCACCGUCAGGACACAUCACCAUCUCCCUCUGCAAGCCCCUGCACCUCCACUGCUGCAUCUCCUGGCUCCAACCAGCCCUGCAGCUCUGCGCCCCCACGAAAAAACAUGAGCUUCUCCUCCACUGCAGGCUGUGCCCCAGCUCUCCCCCCAAAGCCAUAAAAAGGGGACCCAGGGUCCUUCAGCGAGCCACUGGGGACACUGGAGUGCCCAAGGAGAAGGAAACCCUGAGCACAGCCAUCAUCUUCCCCCGAGGCUGGCCCCAAAAAGGCAGGGGAAGCUGUGCCUCCCCCUGCCUUCCCCUGGCACACAGCAACAUCAGCCGCAGUGGAGACCUGCUACCUGUAAAAACGUUGGGUCAGGAUGCAUGCCAGGGGCCUGACUCCUGCGAAAAGACAUCCAUCCCUGCGAGCCCAGAGUGCCCCCUUGACCACUGCCAGCACCCAGGGCCAGCAGACGGCUCUGGCGAUGCUUCACCUCACCAGAAAGGAGGGAGCAGAAGGGCACAGGCCACCAACUUCUUCCUGCUGUAGCCGGAGGGCAACUCCAUGUAUAUCUAUCGGGAUAGAUAUACACGCACAUGCAGAGAGGAACGGACCAGUUUUAUUG